GGCGAGAGUUUAUAUCUCCCCCCCCCUCUCCUCCUCCCUCCGAGAAAGUAUAUAUACGGAAAAAGGUUAACGACGAUAACGACGACGACGACGUACGACGACAGACAGCGGCUAUGGUCAAGCUUAAUCCCUUUCCGCUGCACGAUGCAGACUCGGUGCACGAGGAGGUGGUGCGGGACGAGGGUGCCGAGGAAAAGAGCAAAUGGCAGAAGGUCUGGCCCGUGUUUGCGUGCGGUGCCGGACUGUUCUCUGAUGGGUAUCUCAACGCGGUAAUCGGCCAAGUCGGCGUGAUGCUCUCGACGAUCUACCCCGACGAAUACACGGGGUCCAAAGCGCAAAGCAACGUCAGCAGCAUCGCGUUCGCGGGGACGGUGGUGGGGCAGCUGGCGUUCGGCUACGUCGCGGACCACUACACGCGCAAGCUGGCCAUGACCAUUUCGGCGGUCAUACUGAUCGUGUUUGCGGCGCUGUGUACGGGGAGCUAUGGCGCGGGUGGAAGCGUCGACGGGCUGUUCACAAUGCUGGUCGUGUGCAGAUUCUUCCUGGGCAUUGGCAUCGGCGGGGAGUAUCCCGCCGGCAGUGUUGCUGCUGCAGAGGCAACCGGUGAGGUCAAGAAGGGAACGAGGAAUAGGUGGUUCAUCCUCUUCACCAACUUUAGUAUCGAUGUCGGCUUUGUGGUGGCUGCGUUCGUACCUCUGGUUUGGCUGUGGAUCCUCGGGACUGAGAGGCAUGAUCUGAUGAUCAACUGGCGAGUAAGUCUCGGCCUCGGAAUCCUGCCGCCCUUCACCCUGCUAUUCCUCCGUCUCCGCCUGCAGGAGCCCGAGCAGACCAAGAAGAACAGCAUGGCCAACACGAAGACGCCGUACUGGUUGGUGAUCAAGUACUACUGGUGGCGGCUCACGCUUGUCUCUCUGAUCUGGUUUAUCUACGACUUCGCGGUGUACUCGGCCGGAAUCUACUCGGCGACCAUCAUGGCGCAGGUCGCCGGCGACGGAAACAUGAUCACGGCGUUCGGGUGGAACGUGGUGGUGAAUCUGUUCUACAUCCCCGGGAGCUUCCUGGGUUGCUUCGUUUCGGACUGGAUCGGGCCCAGAUACUGUUUGAUCCUGGGUCUCCUCCAAAGCAUAACCGGCUUCCUCCUCAGCGGCUUCUACGGCACGCUGGCGACACCGCAGUACAUCGGCGCCUUCGUGGUCGUGUACGGGCUGUUCCUGUCCUUCGGCGAGCUCGGUCCAGGCGACAACAUUGGCUUGCUCGCGUCGAAAACCAGCGCCACCGCCAUCCGCGGCCAGUACUACGGCAUCGCGGCGGCGGUGGGAAAGAUCGGUGCCUUCGUUGGCACCUACGUCUUCCCCAUCAUCAUCAGGAACUCCGGGGGGUCAGACACCGUCCGCGGGAAUCAGGCGCCGUUCUGGGUCAGUAGCAGCCUGUGCGUGCUCUCGGCGGGACUCGCAAUGCUGCUGCCUCAUGUCGGACAGGAUACGAUACAGAAGGAGGAUCGCAUGUUUAGGGAAUACUUGGAGAGGAAUGGCUGGGACGUUAGUAGAUUGGGGCUCGAGAAGGAGGAGAUCGUGACGGUCGAGAGUGGGAGUGGCGGCAGUGGGAGUAGACAUACUCCUGCGGAGAAGUAGUGAGGAUGUUGAUGCCACAGGAAAUUAAAUGAAGCGAAUGAUUAAAUGAAGCGAAUGAUCAAAUGCAUGACUGA